AUGACUAGUCUGUUCGGUUUGGUCGACCAUGUCUUCACGCUCUUCGAAGAUGUGCUUCAAGUGGCUUUCGUGUCCGAUUUGAUAAUGGGCAAACACAUCGAGUCCGGCUUCCGUAUGGGCUAUGCGAAGUUUGCGGGCGGCAGCCUCACCUUCCAGUUGAGAUGUGUAGCCUUUCGACUAUUCUUCGUGUUAAUUGUCCAUCAGUUCUACAAAAGCCAAAUUAGUGGAUUCUUCGCACACAAUGUCACCAAUCGAAUUUCGAUCAAGGUCAAAGAGUCGCAAUCUGUCAACGCACAUGCUGCGAGAAAUGGAAUAGAACUGGUUGAUGGCGUCGAAACAAGUAGAACGUGCUCCCUCUUCACCAUCGACUUGCCAGUGGAUGAUCACCUGAAGCAUGAGUAUGAAGCCGUGUCCUACGUUUGGGGCGGUGAUUCUGACCUCCAAGCAAUUCAGCUCAAUCAACAGCGCUUCUGGGUCACGAAGGAUCUCUCGGCUGCUUUGAACGCCCUUCGUUUACCGGAUAAAGACCGGAUUCUCUGGACCGGUGCCCUAGCGAUCAAUCAGUCGAGCUUCGCAGAACGGGCAAGCCAAGUCAAGCACAUCCAACGGAUCUACUCGUGCGCCAGACACACACUGAUUUGGCUCAAUGAAGACAAAGUGUGCGAAAUCGAGAAGAACCCCCAUUUGGAUGCAUCUGUGCAGCCACUGGAGGCGCCACCAGGCUGA